UGGAGGACCGACGCUCUUUUACACUCUCAUCAGCCGAGCAUCACGACUCCAUCACAUCCAUCUCCAUACUUUUGACUCACCAGGCAGCUGCAGCUCACCGGGGGUCGACAGAGGAGCGCCAGCGGAGGAGGAUUGCAGUGUUUUCUCCAAAAAACAGCAACACAAACCCAGACGCAAUGCAGCCAGAUGAGAAGGUGGUGGAUGGCGGUCUGCGGCCUGAUGCCAAUGGAAAAGACCCAAACCCGAGCGGACAGACAGAGGGCUCCAAGUGGCAGAAGCCGCGGCUCACGCGUAAAUCUCUGAUGAAGUGCUGCCUCGUCAAAUGGAUCAUCGCCAGCACAACGCAACAGGGGCCAGAUGACAGCAAUGACAGUGACCUCGAACUCUCCAUGGUGCGUCACCAACCCGAGGGCCUUGACCAGCUCCAGGCCCAGACCCAGUUCACCAGGAAGGAGCUGCAGUCACUCUACAGGGGAUUCAAAAAUGAAUGUCCCAGUGGACUCGUGGAUGAAGAAACAUUCAAGAUCAUUUACUCACAGUUCUUCCCUCAAGGAGAUGCGACCACAUAUGCACAUUUCUUGUUCAACGCGUUUGACAUGGACAGAAGUGGCUCCAUCCGCUUUGAGGACUUUGUGUUGGGACUGUCCGUGUUGCUCAGAGGCUCUGUCACAGAGAAACUGCGGUGGGCAUUUAAUCUAUAUGACAUCAAUAAGGAUGGCUACGUUACUAAAGAGGAAAUGUUGGCAAUAAUGACAUCCAUUUAUGACAUGAUGGGCAGGUAUACUUCACCCAGUGUACGAGACGAUUCCCCCUUUGAGCAUGUGGAGAAGUUCUUCCAGAAAAUGGAUCGCAACAGAGAUGGAGUGGUGACAAUAGAUGAAUUCAUAGAAACCUGCCAAAAGGAUGAAAGUAUAAUGGCUUCCAUGCAGCUCUUUGAGAACGUCAUCUAGUGUCUUUGGACAGAUGUGGAUCAGUAAUGCUGCAUAGUGCUUCCAAGCUUCUGGGCCUGAAAUAACUCCAUUCAUUCUGAAAAAAAAACUGGGUCAUACAUCACAUUUAACAUGUGCAGAAUUCAACAAAAAUCACUCUGAGAACUUUUUUCUUUGCAUGACAGUUCUCAGUUUCCUUUUGCACAUGACGCAAAUGUGGGGGGAAAAAAAGAUGUGUCAUCGUUGCUACAUGAGCAUGACUGUUUGCCGCACAAAUCAAAGCAUGUGAUGCAAACCACAGUGAACGCAACCAAACUGGGGUGUUUUGUUGUUGACCACUUUGAAACCAGGGCAACAGUGAAUCUGUGUGUCAAGAGGCUCUGAAUGUGCUCCACAUAUGCAGGUUUUAACUUUGUUUGUUUCAUGUAGUAGUUUGCACUGCAACACACAAGACUGGGAUGUGUCCACUUUCAAAAUGAAAUACAAAAUAAAAUGUGAAAGCAAUAUUUAACAUGUAAAAGUUUUAAUGUCUAUUGCAUAUGGUUGCAUCAAAUCCGUUGCACUGCAAACAUGCAACGUGCGAUAUGCAGCCAGUUCCGAUCCAAUGAGUAAAACUGAACAGAACUACAAUUGUCCACAUCGUGACGUGAAGAGGAUCCUCUAAACCCAUGACACAAAGCAAAAACUUCUUUCAUUUUGCCUGAGGGAAAAAAAAUCUCCUAAUUUUCUCCUAAUUUUGAGCAUUUAGCAUCCAGUCUCGUAUUUGAGAACAAUCAUCUCUCUUGUUCUACAUCCUCUGAUCUCUUUUAUAGGUCUUUACAUCAUAGUCUUGAAAUGUCACACUCUGAUUAAAGCCUGCGGUUUCUGGCAGCUCUGUUGUUAAUUUCAUUCUCUGCACAUUCAUUCGUGCUCCGUUUCGUGCUCUCUUUGUUGUGCAUGAUGAAUCUUUCUAGUUAUGCACAAAAGCAUGUUCUGUGUGAUGAACAUGCACUUGUUCCUCUGGACGGAAUGUCUUCAACCUCUCAAGAUAAACACAACAAAAUGAACCUUCA